ACGCCCUCUCCCUGGUCAUCAUGCUAUUCCUGGAUUCUCUAAUUAAUAGAAGAACAGCUGUCCAGGUAAAUAGAGAGGUAAUUUACCUAUAUCAGGGUCAUUUACGCCCUCUCCCUGGUCAUCAUGCUAUUCCUGGAUUCUCUAGUUAAUAGAAGAACAACUGUCCAGGCAAAUAGAGAGGUAACUUACCUAUAUCAGGGUCAUUUACGCUCUCUCUCUGGUCAUCAUGCUAUUCAUGGAUUCUCUAGUUAAUAUAAGAAUAGCUGUCCACUGUCCAGGAAAAUAGAGAGGUAAUUUACCAAUAUCAGGGUCAUUUACGCCCUUUCCCUGGUCAUCAUGCUAUUCCUGGAUUCUCUAGUUAAUAGAAGAACAGCUGUCCAGGCAAAUAGAGAGGUAAUUUACCUAUAUCAGGGUCAUUUACGCCCUCUCCCUGGUCAUCAUGCUAUUCCUGAAUUCUCUAAUUAAUAGAAGAACAGCUGUCCAGGCAAUUAGAGAGUUGAGCCAGAUACCGAACUCAGAGCGUGGAAUAAAGAAUCUAACAGGGAAAACUUUGAGUAAGCUUAUCAGGAGAUACAGCGCUAAGUUUAAGAUUGAUACAAAGGAUCUGCCGAACUUCUUCAACCAGAUGCUCACUCUAGACAUCAUCUACUGGACCGGAGAGGUUCGGAGCAAAGACGCGGAUUCCAUUGUAUCCUGGAGAGAACUGAUGGAGAUGAAACUGAAUCCGCAUCCUCAUCUUCAUUCUCUCUUCCUCAACCAGCUCAGUAAAUAUGAUCAGGACGAAACUAAGUACUGGUCUCUGAAACUAGGAUUCCGAACUCCAGAGAUAGAAUACUUGUUCAUCACACAAUCCCAAGAGGAGGAGGUGGACUGGGAUACAGGGGAACUUGUCGUAUCCAGGUCUGAACCAGAACCUGAAGAGAUUCCUGACAAUUCAGAUGAAUUAAAAAUGUGUGAAGAAAAAGCUCAAUAUUUUAAACUACCCUUCUCCAGGGAUAGGAUCAAGAUCGUCGACUCAGAAGAGAUCCUCAGGGACUGUCUGGACAUCCUAAGUCAGGCUGAAUCUAUUGGAUUGGAUGGAGAAUUUUCUGCCAAUGUUCUUGUUAAAAACCUUUCUCUUCUUCAGUUGGCAACUUCAGAAUCAGCCUAUCUGCUUGACAUGAAAGCCCUGUCGGAGUUUCAACUUGACCCUCAGCUUUGGGGUCGUCUUCUUGACAUCUUUGCCAACCCGGAUAUUAAGAUAAUAGGUUUUGGUAUAUUUGAAGACCUCCGGCUCUUGAGUAGAACUAUUCCGGAGCUUAGAGAUGUGGAAGAAAUGUGAGUAAAAACUUAUCUUUAUUUC